AUGUUCUCCAGAACCAAAGAGACACAGACCGAUGGCACAUCCCUCAAAGGUACACACAGCGCGGGCGAGGAUGGCCAGUUGCGUCGAUCCAUCACCGGCCACCCCAGUAACCUCUCUGCAACACAGGAAGAUGCUCUGCAUAAGUUCCGUGAAGAGAUUACUGCGGCGGGGCUCUACGUUCCACGAUCCACUCCUGAUGGACGGCGUGCCAGUCACACGGACGUAGCGUUACUGCGUUUCUUACGCGCUCGGAGAUUUGAUGUGGGGAAGGCGAUGAAGCAGUUCACCGACGAAGAAAAUUGGAGACACAAGUACAAUGUUAAUGAACUGUACCUCAACUUCCCGGUUGACGAAAUGGAGGCAUCGAAGAAAUUCUAUCCUACGUGGACGGGGCGCCGCGACCGAAGGGGUCUGCCGAUAUACGUAUAUCGCCUUGCCGAUCUCGACUCAGCUCGCCAAAAGGAACUCUCGGUUGUCUCAUCAGACCGCCGUUAUCAGCGCAUAAUAGCGCUGUACGAAUACAUGCUGCAAGGAGUCCUCAAUCUUUGCGCCGCCCUUGCAAAGGACACCCCCUCCGCAAUUAACAGUGCUUCAGGCGUAACAUCUUCACUACCCCCAUCCCAAGUUUCCUCCGUUACAACGAUGGUGGAUUUAGCCGGUGUUUCAUUAUCACAACUUUGGAACAUCCGUUCCCACCUCCAACAAGCUUCUAACCUAGCCACCGCUAACUAUCCCGAAACUCUCAACUCCAUUCUCGUCCUCAAUGCCCCCGGUUUCUUCCCUACAGCAUGGAAUUGGUUCCAAGGCUUUUUCGAUCAAGGGACGCGUGAGAAAAUUAAAAUCCUAGGAAACCCUUCCAAGGAUCCAUCAACCUUGGAUGUGAUGACACGAUACAUCGCGAAAGAGAAUAUACCCAAAGCAUACGGUGGAGACCUUGAUUGGACGACAGGCGAUGAUCCCAAAUUUGAUGAACCUGCGGGAGAGUGGCUGAGGGAUAAUAUGAAUCUCGAUGUUAUUCGUGGACCACUCGUUAUCGAUCCGUGGGGGGAUGUGACGGAUGGGAGAGCGGCGAAUAGUGACGCUGGUAGUUCGGUAGGCGAUAGUGGUGUUGGGAUUGGAGGGACUGGGCCAGGUGGAUUAAGUUUAGAACUUGAACCGCCCAGCCCCGGACCCGUUGAGGGAAUGGAUAAGAGCCCGGAGUUGCUUGUCCCAUCCGGGACUCCAACCGAGGGUCUUUGA